AUGAACGACCCGUCGUCGUCCUCGCAUCAGAAACAUCAUCGAGGAGGAGGAGGAGGAGGAACUACCCCGGCGACGAAUACUACAAAUACUACAAAUAAUAACAAAAUAACACCGACAGCGUCUCACGAAGAUCUCGUCGCGCAGCUCGUUCGACAGUCCCCAUCGGUCAUGUUCAACAGUAACAGCAAUAACUCGAUCGCAAAGACGCCGAGUCAAGCGGAGUUUGAGCAGUUUUUUCAAGCGCACGCUCAGGCGCAAGCGCAAGCGAUGAUGGCGCAAGGGAACAAAACACCCUCUGGUGGCGGGGGCGGGAUGACACAAAGUGGAUCCGGGCAAGAUUUUACAAACUUGAGCCCGACGGAGAUGAUGAUGAAUACGAAUAAUACGAACGUUGGGGGGUCCGCGGAACAACCGCCGAAAGGGAUCCCGAAAGUCGCGUCGUUGGAUAUGUUGAGGACGAUGUUUUUCCAAUCCGGUAUGGCGAAUGGCGGAACCACGGGCGUUCCCGGGAUGACGCCAGGGAACAUGCUCGGGUUGAUGCAAAAUCCAUACGGGGGGAGUAACCCGAAUUUAGCGAAUUUGGGGCAGCAGUUUAUGCAAAAUAUGGCCAACACGACGACAGGGUUUACGCCACCGGGCGUGGGUGGAGCGGCGAACGGGGGUGCGCCGACGACCAGGACCGGCAAGCCGGGGAGACCGAGAGGGUCGACUAAGAACGGCAACGCGUCGACGACAGCUGCAUUAAAAUCGGCGGCAAAAGGAGCUGUACAAAAGCAAAACUCUAAGAGAGGUUCGAUGAAAACGAACGACGGUUUAGAAGCGUUGGCGAUGGCAACCGCGGCCUCGGAUGCGAAGAAUAGUAAAAAAGGAGCAGAUGCUACAAACAACAAAAGAGCGGCGCCGGGCGCGACAACUUCAGGAAAAAAUGAAACGAGUCCAAAGAAAGAGGACGAUAGCAGCAACAAGAAGAGUAAAACUAGCAAAGAUAAAGAUACCGGGUCUGAGGAAGAUAACACCGCGGAGCUCGUGAAGAAAAACAGCCACGUGCAACUGGGUGAAAACGAAGAGGACGACGACCCGGAGAUGGCGGAAAUCCGCCGACAAAGACGUAUGUUGUCGAACAGAGAGUCUGCGAGACGUUCGAGAAGACGUAAGUUAGAUCACGUGGCGCAAUUAGAAGGUCAAAUCGCGAGUUUACAACGAGAACAAGCGCUGUUACUCGAAAGAUAUCGCCAAAGCGAAGAAGCCAGAGAAACAGUGUUUCGCGAAAACUCUGUCCUGAAGAAAGAGCUGACGAAGAAAGGUGUGGACGUCAACGCGAUGCUCGUGACAAGCAUGCGUGAAAGUGCAAGCGCAGAGAACUUAGCAAACAAUUCGGCUGGAAACGCCGCCGCUAUUGCUGCAGCCGUAGCCGCCGGGGCGAACACGUUCAUGCCAAAACAAAGUUCCGGUAGUAUUAGCAACUUCCUCAUGUCCGCUGGGCCGAGUAACGUGAACUUAGCCGACGUAGGCGAUGGUAUGCUUCGCGUUCCGUCCAUGCCGAGAGUUUCAUCUGUCGGCGACUUAGUCAAACGAACGAUAUCUUCCGAGGCGUUGGCGAAUUUCGAGCAACAACAAGCUGCCAUCGCCGCGCAGAUGGCUUCCAACGCCGCCGGUCUCAUGGCUGGCGGCGGCGUGCCGCAAAACGGAGCGAGCAAAGACGGCGCCAGUCCUCGCGGCUUCGUGCCUUUUCGACCGACGUCGAGUUAUCAAAACCUACUCGACGCCGCGAAGCUUGCCGAAAGUAACGAACGAGCAGAAAAGGAGAAGAAGAAGACUAACGGCGCCAAGAAGGGUGCUUCGAAGAAGUAA